AUGUGCACUUGGCGAGACAGUUAUUUCGAAUCUGUCGAGUUUUACAAACAAUCUACUCAUAUUUUAUCAUCUAUCCAGUGCCCGGUGAACAUUUUUGCCACAUAUAUUUUACUAUUCAAGACUCCUAGUAGUAUGUCAAAAGUCAAGUUCUCGAUGCUGGUCAUGCAUUUUACAUUCGUUUGGCUGGAUGUCUAUUUGAGUAUUCUUUCAAUUCCAUACCUACUUUAUUCUGCCUGCCUAGGUCGUGCAUUGGGAGUUUUGGACUAUUUUCAAGUUCCUAUACCAGUGCAAAUUUAUUUCGGAAUCACGUCAUUGUUGGUCACUGCAGUUGCCGUAUUGCUAUUCUUCGAGGAACGAUACAAUCGACUACUCCGCCGGGAUGCUGAUACUCAAAGUAGAUUUAUCAAACGAAUUGUUUAUUUUGCAAUCAACUACACCGUUGCAUUUAUCGACAUGCUACCUAUCAUAUUAAACGCCGACAAUUCAAAGAAUUCAAGAGAAAAAGUCGAAAGUACAUUUCCCUGCAUCCCAGCAAGUAUAGUCUAUAGUCCAGAUUUAUAUUUACUAACCGAGAAUCGGAUGACAACGGCGCUCCUAUUGCUAGGUUACAUGGCAUUUACGUCUUGUCAAAUAUUAUUUUUCUUCACCAGUACUUUACUUUAUUUAUUCAACACUAAAUCAAUGUCACCAAAGACUUCCAAAAUGCAGAAACAACUAUUCAAAGCAUUAUGUGUUCAAGUGACCGUACCUUUUGUUGUUGUACUUGUACCAUGUUUUUAUCUGAAUGUCUCCUCGGCUCUAGAACAUUUUGAUAUGAUAUUCAUCAAUAUCGCUUUGCUUAUUCUUCAAUGUCAUGGAUUGGUGUCAACUCUAACUACACUUUGGGUUCAUAAGCCGUAUAGAGAAGCAACACUGAACUUGAUAUUAUUUAAAAAUUAUAAUCUGAAAGUUUUACCUUCCAUCGAAAGAAUUGUAACUUUGUAA